AUGAGUUAAAUUGAAGGAUAAAAGAAGCCAGUAGAAACAAUUAUAAAUAUUUCUUAGAAUGUCCAUAGAGUUCUUAUGGAAUAAACACUAAGCAAUAAUAACNUAGUGGUGGAUACUUUGAAAGAAAUGCCAAAAAUUAAUAGAAUCUGUUUUGCUGAAAGAAGUGGUUUAUUAAAUUAAGUAUCAGAUGCCUUACAUCAAUUUAAGAAAGAUUGUAUUACAAUUAAUACUGUUUAUGAGAAAAGUACUGAAAUCAAUACUCCUCAAACUCCAAAUGAUAUCAGAGUAAAUUAGCAGUAAUAUUUUUAUGUAAAAAACACAAUAUUAUAUUAGUAUCAACAAUUUCCUUAACAAUAAGUGUGUUAAUUUAAAGGAUAUAGUGUAUAUUCAAAAAGAGGAUAUAUUUAACCAAUUCAAUUUGACUUACAAUUCUAAUUGAUGCAGCAACAAUUUUAAAAUUAAUUAAUUUAUAAAAAAUUAUACUUUUGA